AUGUCUUAUCAAACUGUCGAGGGUAAUGGCUCAACAAAGCCUGCUAUUCGUGUAAUUGAAUCCAAGACUUCUGAAACUACCUCGACAAGGCACCCAGGCCCCGCCACAAAUGCCGAAUCCAACGUCAAUGGUAUAAUAUCACCAGGGGUAGUAAGUCCUGUGCCCAUCGCAAUAUGCGGAAUGUCGGUUCGCCUACCAGGAGGAAUACAUACACCACAGGAUUUGUGGGAGUUUCUUGUUUCCAAGAGUGAUGCACGUGGCCCUGUUCCAAAGUCAAGAUACAAUGCAUCUGCCUACUUUUCUGAAACGACCAAACCAGGCAGUGUCAAAGCCCAGCAUGGUUACUUUCUUGACGAGAGCAUUGAUCUUUCAACGGUGGACACUUCGUUCUUCCAUAUGGGAAAGGCCGAAGUUGAGAGAACUGAUCCGCAUCAGCGUCAAAUGUUAGAAGUCGCCAGGGAGUGUAUUGAAGAUGCCGGUGAAACCGAGUGGAAAGGCCGGCCAAUCGGCUGCUACAUGGGCAGUUUCGGAGAGGACUGGACAGAGAUGUUUGCAAAAGAAAACCAGCAGUAUGGCCUGCACCGAGUCAGCGGCUAUGGUGAUUUUGUUUUAGCCAAUCGAGUCUCGUAUGAAUUGGACUUCACUGGGCCAAGCAUGGUUAUCCGUACAGCUUGUUCAUCAUCGCUUGUGGCACUACACGAGGCAUGUGUGGCAAUCGAGAGAGGCGAUUGCGAAUCCGCAGUAGUGGGAGGCGCCAACUUGAUACUUGGGCCGGGCAUGACCGCUGCCAUGUCCGAACAAGGUGUUCUGUCGCCUGAUGGAUCAUGUAAUACAUUUUCCGCAAAUGCGAAUGGCUAUGCUAGAGGAGAGGCCGUUUCAGCAGUAUUUAUUAAGCCGCUUUCUGCCGCUAUCCAGGACGGAAACCCGAUUCGAGCCGUCAUUCGAGCCACUGCCUCCAACAGCGACGGGAAGGGAACUGGUGGCAUGCAGGCUCCAAAUCAUGUCUCACAAGAGGCAAUGAUCAGGAAAGCAUAUAAGCUGGCAGGUAUCACAGAUUACUCUCAGACAGCAUUUGUGGAAUGCCAUGGAACAGGGACCUCUAUUGGCGAUCCGACAGAAGCGAGAGCAGUCGGCCGUGUCUUCGGCCCACAUGGAGGCAUCCAGAUUGGAUCUGUCAAGCCUAAUCUUGGACAUUCCGAAGGUGCUUCCGGUCUGACAUCUGUUAUCAAGUCUGUCAUGGCGCUUGAAAACAGUAUUAUUCCGCCAAACAUCAAGUUCAGCCAACCAAAUCCUGAUAUUCCGUGGGAUGAGUGCAAGCUUUCAGUCCCCACGGAGCCAAUGCCGUGGCCAAAGUCUCGGUGCGAGCGUAUCAGCAUAAAUUCCUUUGGAAUAGGAGGCACUAAUGCACAUCUCAUUCUUGACUCCGCGAAAAGCUUUGGUAUUCCAGCCAUUCCAGACAGACCUCUGACGUCACCACAGCUACUUGUUCUCUCUGGCACCAAUGCUGAUGCCGUAAAGAGGAGUAUUUCAGUCUAUAAAGACUACGUAUUGAAAAAUCCUUGCAAAAUACAUGACCUGGCAUUUACAUUGGCUACAAGAAGAGAGCAUUUAUCUCAUCGCGCAUAUGCCGUGGUCAAUCUAUUCGGCGGCAUGACAGCGUCGGUGCCAUUCAAAUCCUCCAAAUCUCCCCAAAUCGCGAUGAUAUUUACUGGUCAAGGUGCCCAAUGGCCUGAAAUGGGUCGUUGUUUGAUCCUGGAUGAAACAUUUCCAAUAUUCAAGAGAACUAUACAAUCACUCGACCGCCAUCUUCAAGCCAUCUCCCCGAACAUAUCAUGGUCCGUCGAGGAAGAAUUGCGGAAGUCUGCGAAGCAUAGUAAGCUUCACUCGGCUGAAUUAUCUCAACCUAUUUGCACUGCAAUUCAAGUUGCUCUGGUUGACACCUUGAAAUCUCUCGACAUACAUGCCUCGGCUGUUGUUGGGCAUUCAAGUGGCGAAAUUGCCGCGGCAUAUGCCGCUGGUGCCAUCGAGGCAAAUGAUGCGAUUGAAAUAGCAUUCUACCGCGGGCAGGUUACUCUAAUGCAGACCAAGCCUGGAUCAAUGGCGGCAAUAGGCAUGGGAUAUACUGGUAUAAAAGAUCAUCUACGGCCAGUCGAUGCAACAAUCUCCAACAUCAAAAAUGCACAUCCUGAGAUUUUGGCAAGGAAGCUGAAGGUUGACAAAGCAUACCACUCUCCACACAUGGUCGAGAUAGGUCCUUUAUACCUCAAACUCAUCAAGAGAUUAUCUAGCGGACAGCCAAAGAAACUGUUUUUCAGCAGCGUUGAGAAGGGCAAGCUUAUCCAGGACGCGAGCCUCGGACCCGAAUACUGGCAGAAAAAUCUUGAGUCGCCAGUCCUCUUUCACUCGGCUGUGUCAUCACUCCUAAAGCAUGAAGUCUCCGAGAAUAUGAUCCUUAUUGAGGUCGGCCCACAUGCAGCCCUCGAAGGUCCCUUGCGACAGAUCCAGGCGGAGAUUUCAAACACUUCGCCCUACGCAUCGACCCUCCUUCGAGGCCAGAAUGAUGUGGAAAGCCUUUUGGCGAUGAUAGGAAAGGUUCAUGCUCUUGGAUAUUCCGUCGAUCUAGAAGAGACAGUGUCUAAAGGCCUCACUCUUCCUGAUCUCCCGAGAUAUCCCUGGGACCAUACUCAAAGCUUUUGGUAUGAGUCAAGGCUGACCAAGGAAUGGAGGCAUCGGCAACACAAGCACCAUGACCUUCUAGGGGUUCGGGUUGCAGAAAGUACCGAGUUUGAUGUGCUUUUCCGCAACGUUUUCCAUCUUGAAAGCGCAUCAUGGAUGCGUGACCAUAAGGUGGGCGGCGACAUUGUGUUCCCAUUUGCGGGCUAUGCAGAGAUGAUAGGAGAGGCAAUGUCUCAAGUAUCCGGUGCCACCGACGCAUUUCGCUUGCGUCGUGUUGUCAUUAGUGCCGCGCUUGUUCUAAAAGAACAUCAGCCAAUGGAGAUAAUGACAACCAUUCGGCGUCACCGUUUGACCCAGAACCUUGACAGUGAAUGGUGGGAGUUUACCAUUUCCUCUUAUAAUCGAUCCACAUGGACAAAACAUUGCUUUGGGGAAGCUCGGAUGCAGGUUGAAGAGAUCUUUUGUGACGAAAAGCCAGACUGCCUGGUACGGAAGGUUACAACCCGCCGCUGCUAUGAUGCUAUGGCGAGGGCUGGCCUCAACUACGGGCCCUCGUUCCAACGGCUAGAUCAUGUGCGCGCUGGCACAGCUAGUCAGAUGGCCACGUCGAAGGUUGCGAGCAGGAAAACAGACAGCAGGUCUUAUCGACUUCACCCUUCGAUCAUUGAUGCCUCCCUACAGUUACUCAGCGUCGCGGCUACGAAAGGCUAUGUGAACACCACGGGAAAAAUGAUGGUUCCAACAAGCAUCGAGGACAUUUGCAUAUUUCGUUGUCAUCAAGACAUUGAGGUCCGAGCGUCUGCAAGCUACUCACCAAGCGGCUGCAUAUUGGGAUCUGGAGAGUGUGUGACAAGCGAAGGCAAGGUUGUUUUACGAGCCUCUGGUAUAAAACUAUCUUGUGUUGACGAUGGUGGCACCGAGGAAACCCCAAGCGGUUUCUCUCGAGCAAGAUGGGCACCACAUAUCGACUUUCUCGAUGUGCAGUCACUAAUCAGGCCAUUAGCUGAUAACAGCACGCAAAUACGCAUGCUCACAGAGCUAUCGCACGUCUGCAUGAUUUACACAAAACGCGUACUCCUGAAUCUUGAAAGCCCCCUUUCUCACUUGAAAAAGUAUCGAUCAUGGAUCGUUCGCCAGCUUGAACUCUCUGAUCUUCAACAUCUCGAGUGUCUUGAUAACGAUGCAAUCAGACUCCGAGUCCAACAAACUGUUGCCAAUCUAUCAGGGACCAGUGUGAAGGGCCCUGCUAUAGCCAUUCAAAAGAUCUUCGACCACAUCGAGAAGAUCUUUAUUGGAUCUGUUGAUGGCCUUGACUUGCUUGUUUCCGAGAACACCUUAGUCGAUCUUUAUUCUAUAGUGGAUCAAUGCGACGAGUCAGAAUUCUUCGAGCAUCUUAUCCACACAAGACCAAAUCUUCGCGUUCUUGAGAUCGGAGCUGGAACCGGCGGAUCCACUGCUACUAUACUCAAGCUCUUGACUCCUGGAAAUCAGAGGCAUUACUCGAAAUAUACUUUCACGGACAUAUCUUCCGGCUUUCUCUCUGCUGCAAAGGAACGUUUUGGGACAUAUGCAAAUAUUGAGUAUGCAGCUCUAGACAUCAGCAAAGAUCCCCACCUUCAGGGCUUUAAAGAUUCUGAAUAUGACCUCAUCGUUGCGACCAAUGUGAUACAUGCAACUCCGUCUCUCAAUGAAGCCUUGCGCAAUGUACGAACAUUGCUUGCCCCAAAUGGUCGUUUGCUUUUGCACGAGCUCACCCCAACGUCGAAAUGGGUUAACUAUAUAUGGGGAAUAUUGCCCGGUUGGUGGUAUGGGGAAGGUGAUGGUCGAGUUCAUGAGCCCUAUGUUGAUAUCAAGCGAUGGGAGACCGAACUACAGGCUGCUGGGUUCCGUUCUCCUGAUGCGGCAGUUCUGGACUCACCAGAACCGUAUCAAAUAGGAUCGGUCAUUGUUGCCAGACCAGCACUUGACGUCGCUCCAAUCAAGAGGGUAACCCUCCUCACCCUAUCCAGGUCGAAGAAUGUCGAUCUCGUAACAGAGGGUCUCGAGCACAGGGGUUAUACGGUUUACCCUCGCGGCUUGUAUGAAAUGCCGCUCCCCUCUGGUCAGGAUGUGAUUGCGAUGAUUGACGACGAAGUCCCGUUCUUCGAAGAUAUCGAUGAGGAGAGAUUUUCUGGAUUCAAAUCUUUGAUUGAAAACCUCGAGGAUCGCGGAAUUCUUUGGGUAACUGGCCUCUCCCAAAUUCAAUGCCGGGACCCAAAAUUUGCCCAGAUCAAUGGGACUGCGAGAUCAUUGCGGUCGGAAAUGCUGAUUGAUUUUGCUACCUGCGAGGUCGACAACGUCCCUCAAUCGAUCGGUAAAAUCAUUGAUGUUUUCGAGACCUUUCAAGUCCGAUAUGAGGAACAGUUUCUUAAGCCCGAGUUUGAGUACGCAAUCGUGAGUAACACUGUUCAUGUUGGGCGUUAUCAUUCUUUCCCGGCACACGAAGAGAUUCUAUCUUCAAGGGUUAGCGACAGUAUAUCGCUUCAGACCAGUAAAAUUGGUCGUCUGUCCGCCCUGAACUGGGCCGAUCAAGAAACGCAGGCGCUGGGUGCCAUGGAAGUGGAGAUUGACAUCCACGCGACUGGCUUGAACUUCAAAGACGUUCUAAGUGCCAUGGGAAUUGUUGAAACCCAAGAAAAUGGAUUUGGCCUCGAGGCCUCUGGUAUAGUCCGCCGCGUUGGUCAAAAGGUUAAAGAUCUUACACCUGGUGACCGGGUGAUGAUUCUUUCUUCCUGUUUAUUUGGAACUAGGGUUGUCGUCCCGGCGGACGUCUGUGAAAGGAUUCCUGGUGGUCUCAGCUUCGAGGAUGCCGCCACGAUGCCUUGUGUGUUUGCCACAGCCCUCUACUCCAUUUUCGACGUCGGGAAUUUGCAAAAAGGCCAGUCUAUUCUCAUACACAGUGCAUGUGGUGGGGUUGGCAUUGCCGCCAUUCAACUGGCGCAGAUGAUUGGUGCUGAAAUAUUCGCCACGGUUGGAAACGAUGACAAGGUCAAAUUUCUAAUGGAAAAUUUCGGUUUACGACGCAAUAGAAUUUUCAAUUCUCGGGAUACAUCAUUUGUGAAUGAUGUCAUGAGAGAGACCAAUGGCGAUGGUGUAGAUAUGGCACUGAAUUCGUUAUCAGGAGAAUUGUUGCAUGCAACCUGGACCUGCAUCGCAGAAUUUGGAAAGAUGGUCGAGAUAAGCAAACGCGACUUGAUCGGUACAGGAAAGCUUGAUAUGAGACCGUUUCUUGCUAAUAGAAGCUAUUGCUGUGUUGACCUCGACCAAAUUUGCCGCAAGCGAUCGAAAAUCACAAAGAGACUACUCCGAGAAAUCGUCCAUCUAGUCAAAGAACGUUACAUUCAUCCAAUAAGACCAGUCAGAAUAUUUCCUGCCAAUGAGAUACUCGAUGCGUUCCGCUAUAUGCAACAAGGUGUCCAUCUAGGCAAGAUCGUUGUUUCAAUCCGAGACAAUAAGGGCGUGCAAGACCUUGAUAAUAGUGCGCAACGUCGGAGAUCACAUACACAGUUUGAUGACUCUGGCGCAUUUUUGCUUGUCGGGGGCCUUGGAGGUCUGGGUCGCUCCGUAUCAACGUGGAUGGUGGAGCGAGGCGCACGGCACUUCAUCUACCUUUCUCCAACCGCUGGGACAAAAAAGGACCACCAGGACUUUGGUGAAGAGCUGAUGAGCAUGGGAUGUCGGGUUUCAUUCGUCCAAGGCAGUGUUUCAAAUCUCAAGGACGUUAUAAAAGCCGUUGCACGAUCUGAAGGCCGGCUGAAAGGUAUCUUGCAAAUGUCCAUGGCACUUGGCAAUCAAACCUUUCCUCGGAUGACACUACACGAGUGGAAUACGGCUGUUGACCCGAAAGUCCGAGGCACCUGGAACUUGCAUCACGCGUCCGUUUCCGCUCAGGCAAAUCUUGACUUCUUCGUUCUAUUCAGCUCGAUCUCCGGUAUAUGUGGGCAGCCUGGCCAAACCAACUACGCCGGCGCAAAUACAUUCAUGGAUGCAUUCGCACAAUAUCGGCUAAGCCUGGGACUGCCAGCUUGUGCGAUAGAAAUUGGUGCAGUUGAAGAGGUCGGAUUUCUCGCGGAGCAUGGGGAUAUCAAGCAAAAGCUUCAGGUCGCAGGUGCUUUGCCUGCGCCAAUUUCGGAAUCAGAACUUCUUCUUGGCUUAGAACUGGCGAUGAAAUCCAAAAAGAUAAACUCCUCAAGUACUGCCAACAACAUCUGUCUUGGUCUUCGCACCAGCAUACCCCUCCACGAUCCCAACAAUCGUUUGAUUUGGCGAAAGGAUGUUCGCAUGGCUAUAUUCCACAAUACCGGUGGCUAUGAGGUAUCAUCGGCGGGCGCGAUCAAUAGCGGCCUAAAAUCAUUUAUUCUUGCCGCUAAAUCAGACGCCGCUCUUCUUUCUGACAGCCAGUGUGCUCAUUUCCUCGCUCUUGAGAUCGGAAAGAAAGUCUUCAGUCUCUUGCUGAAGCCGGAAGAGGAUUUAGUAACUUGGUGCUCUCUGACUGAGUUGGGUAUGGAUUCCCUUGUGGCAAUAGAAGUGAGACAAUGGUGGAAGACCAUUUUCGAGUUUGAUAUCAGUGUGUUGGAGAUGCUGGGAAUGGGAACUCUCGAUGCGCUCGGUGACUAUGCUGUCAAAGAAAUGCUUCAUUUGUUCCAUAACACACGUGGGCAGGAAGAUAAGACUUCCGAGUGA